AUGUCGAGUGAACGCCAGCAAGUGCUUUCGAAGGAUACAACGAUCCUUGUGUUCGGCGCCUCUGGUGACCUCGCUAAGAAAAAGAUCUUCCCGGCCCUGCUGCGCCUAUUCCGGCAUGGCGAUCUUCCCAAAGAUACGAUCAUCGUAGGAUAUGCUCGGAGCAAAAUGACACAACAAGAGUUCCAUGAGCGAAUUUCGUCGCAUUUCGAAGGACCAAAGGAAGACCAAAAUGCAUUUCUGGGCAUGUGUCGAUACCUCUCGGGGCAGUACGACGAGGAGGCAUCCUUCCGCGAACUCAACGCCCAGGUAUCCAAGUGGGAGUUUGAGCGGAAUAGGCAACACCGGCACCGCAUAUUUUAUCUGGCGCUUCCUCCUAAUGUGUUCGUGCCCGUGUCGGGACAUCUACGUAUGUUCUGCUACUCGGAAGGAAACGUGAAUCGCAUCGUGAUUGAAAAGCCAUUCGGCCGCGAUGUGGAUUCAUGCCGUGAGAUGUUGACCAGUAUGAAGAAAAUGUGGUCAGAGAAUGAAACUUUCCGGAUCGACCACUACCUCGGCAAGGAAAUGAUCAAAAACAUUCUGCCCUUCCGCUUCGGCAAUGGCUUCAUUGAACAUAUGCUCAACAACUCGAUGGUCGAUAACGUCCAGUUCACCUUCAAGGAGCCUUUUGGUACAGAGGGUCGCGGUGGCUACUUUGACAAAUUUGGUAUCAUUCGUGACAUUCAACAGAACCACCUGUGCCAGGUCUUUUCCCUAUUUACGAUGGACGAGCCCGCAAAUUUUUCGCCUGAAGCCAUUCGUGAUGCCAAGGUAAAGUUACUGCGCUCUGUGCGCCCUAUUUCCAAAGACCAUGCCCUACUGGGUCAGUACACAGCCACUGAAGACAAGCCCGGUUACAAGGACGACGAAACGGUGCCCAAGGAUAGCAACACACCCACCUUUGCGGCUAUCGUGCUCAAGAUUGAAAAUGAUCGCUGGCGUGAUGUACCAUUUAUUAUGCGCGCAGGUAAAGCGCUGGAUGGUGCCAAGGUCGAGAUUCGCGUGCAGUUCCGUGACAUUAAACACAAAUUCGACGAUAAGAUUGAGCGAAACGAGCUGGUGCUCCGAAUCCAGCCUGGUGAAGCACUCUACCUCACUAUCAAUGCCAAGCUGCCAGGUAUGACCCAUUUGACAGUCCCCGUCGAGCUCGAUAUGACGUAUCGCAGCCGGUUCCAAGAUGCCUAUAUUCCAGAAGCGUACGAAGCCCUCAUCCUCGACUGCCUGCGUGACGAACAUGCUAAUUUUGUUCGUGAUGACGAACUUGAGGCAAGCUGGCAGAUUUUUACUCCUUUACUACACGCGAUUGAAAGCGGUGAGGUACCGUGCGCGCCAUACAAAUACGGAACGUCGGGUCCUGAAGGACUGAGAGAUUUUAUGGGCAAGUUUGGAUACAGGCCCCUGGACCUUUACCAUCGGCCCCAGGCCCAACAAGAUGUCAAUGCAAAAGUCUAA